AUGCCGUCUCUCCGUGAGCUGCUGCAUCUAUUGCCGCUCGCCACUCUCACCCUCGCGAAACCCCAACGCCAGCAGCCCCUACACGGCAGCGUCGACAAGCAUGACGAGCCCGAUGACACACCUCUCCCUGUCAUCAUCUGGCACGGGCUGGGCGACAACUUUGCCAACGAAGGCAUCCAGUCCGUCGGAGACCUGAUUGAGGAGAUCCACGAGGGCACCCUGGUAUACUACGUCAAGCUCGCCGACGACGCCACGGGCGACCAGUCGGCGACGUGGUGGGGCAACGUGACGGAGCAGGUCGACAAGGUGUGCGCCGACCUGGCGAGCCACCAGAUCCUGAGCACGGCGCCGGCCGUCGACGCCGUCGGCUUCUCGCAGGGCGGACAGUUCCUGCGGGCCUAUGUCGAGCGGUGCAACUUCCCGCCCGUGCGCAACCUCGUCACGUUUGGCUCGCAGCACAACGGCAUCGUCGACUACCGCACCUGCGGCGCCACCGACUGGCUGUGCAAGGGCGCCAUGGCCCUCUUGCACGGCAACACCUUUUCCCAGUACGUCCAGUCGCACCUGGUGCCCGCCCAGUACUUUCGCGACCCCGAGCAGCUCGACAAGUACCUCGAGCACUCCAACUUUUUGGCCGACAUCAACAAUGAGCGCGUGCUCAAGAACGAGACGUACGCCAAGAACAUUGCCAACCUCGACAACUUUGUCAUGUACAUGUUUGAGGACGAUACUGUCGUCGUGCCCAAGGAGACGGCCUGGUUCGAGGAGGUCAACGGCACCGAGCGCACCCCGCUGAGGGCGAGGAAGUUGUACGAGGAGGAUUGGUUGGGUCUGAGGGCGCUUGAUCGCAAGGGCGGACUCAAAUUCCGAACGACCCCUGGUGAGCACAUGCGCUUGUCUGACAAGGUCUUGGCCGAGUCGUUCAAGGAGUUUUUUGGACCAUGGGGAAAGAAGUAUUCGAAAGAGGCAGUGACUUUUAACGAGCUGUAA